GUUUCAGAUAUAAAACUAAGAUUAAACGAUUCGGAUCAAUAGAAGAUUCGAACGGAUCACACCGGAUGUGACGAAGCAGAUGACGAACGCGGAAGUUUCGCGGAGCAGAUUGAGUUCCCUGCUCGCGUGAUGUCGCGGACUGAGUUUAUAGCGAAUAAUGACUCUAAACAGCUCGGAAAUAAAACGGACAAACGAUAGCGAAGCACAUCAACGUUACCAGAAGUAUGCACACUGGGUGACCCUUUCGGUGAACUGUUGGGUUGAGAGCGAACCCCAGACCCGAGUUCAGCUCCAGCCCGGGUUAAACACACCAGAAGCAGCUAAUCGAGGACUGCAGGAUUACUACAAGCCUCCAGCUGAUCUGAUGUGGAGAGAGUGUUCUGCUGGUUUCUCCUGGCUGACAUGGCAUCCUCCCCCCAGAUGUGUCUCAGCCUCUAUCAUCUGCUGCUCCUCACCAUUUCACCGCUGCGCAGCCAUUCCUUCUUCUUUCCCUCUCAACCGUCCUCUCCCUGUGGGCCGGGCCGGUCCUGGGCGGUGCGGCUCGACGCGGGCUCUGUGACAGCGGGGCGUUCGCUGGAGCGGCUGGCACACAGUGUGGCAGAGGAGGUGGGCCUGGAGAAUCACGGGCAGAUCGGGCAGCUGGAGGGACACUACCUGCUCUGCCAAGGAGCGGAGGACAGCGCAGACGUGGACUCGGCUCUGGAUCGAAACCCUCAUGUGCUGUGGCACUCACAGGAACACAUCCUGAGACGCUCCAAGAGAAGCGUGACCUUCAAUGACCCCAAAUAUCCCAGUCAGUGGCACCUGCACAACGAUGUGAAACAAGGGAUGGACAUCAACGUGAGCGGUGUCUGGGAGAGAAACAUCACCGGCGUCGGGAUCACAGUGGUUGUGGUGGAUGACGGGCUUCAGCACACACUGGCAGAUAUUCAGCCCAACUAUAGUCCUGAGGGUAGUUAUGAUCUGAACUCGAACGACCCUGACCCCAUGCCUCAUCCUGACAGCCACAGCGAUAACCAUCACGGCACGCGCUGCGCUGGAGAGAUCGCCGCCGUCUCAAACAACCGCUUCUGCACUGUCGGAGUCGCAUACGGAGCCAAAGUGGCAGGCAUCAGAGUUUUGGACGGACCCCUCACAGACAGCAUGGAGGCUGUUGCUUUUAAUAAGCAUUACCAAGUUAAUGACGUCUACAGCUGCAGUUGGGGUCCGGAUGAUGAUGGCCGUACGGUUGAUGGACCGCAUCCCUUAGGCAAGGCGGCGCUGCAGCAUGGAGUUAUUGCAGGCAGGAGAGGUUUCGGUAGCAUCUUUGUUGUCGCCAGUGGUAAUGGAGGACAGUAUGAAGACAACUGCAACUAUGACGGCUAUGCUAACUCCAUCUACACCGUCACCAUUGGCGCGGUUGAUGAGAAUGGCAAAAGGCCGUUUUAUGCAGAAGAGUGUGCGUCUAUGCUGGCCGUCACGUUCAGCAGUGGGAGCAGACAGCUGCGCAGUAUAGUGACGUCUGACUGGUCGCUGCAGAGCGGCACCGGCUGUACUGACGGACACACAGGCACUUCAGCGGCUGCUCCUCUGGCUGCAGGGAUGGUGGCGCUCAUGCUGCAGGUGCGGCCCUGUCUGAGCUGGCGGGACGUCCAGCACAUCAUCACCUACACAGCAACACAGCAUGACGCUGACGCUCAGGCUGACUGGGGAAUCAAUGGAGCCGGUUUCCACCACAGUCACAAGUACGGCUUUGGAUUGCUAAAUGCCUGGAGGCUCGUUAAUGCUGCCAAGGUCUGGGAGUCCGUCCCCUUUUUGGUGUCCUACCAGAGCCCAGUUUUAAAGACCAACGAGGGCAUCCCAGAGUAUCCCAAAACUCUCACUCACACCUGGAAUGUCUCUCUGUCUGAGCUGAGGCAGUCUGGCAUGCAGACGCUGGAGCACGUGUCUGUUACUGUGACGGUCGUCCAUCCGCGGCGCGCGAGCGUGGAGAUCCGGCUCGUCUGUCCCAGUGGAAUGAGCUCUCUGAUCGGGGCCCGGAGACCGCUGGAUGUAGAUACGACUGGAUUCACGGACUGGACGUUUUCCACUGUGCGAUGCUGGGGAGAAAGAGCCGAGGGACAAUACAGUCUACAAAUCACCGACCACAAAGAGCCGACUCUGUCAUCAGGCGUCCUGAAGCACUGGAAACUCACUCUAUACGGCUCCUCUCUGUCUCAUCAGCAGGUGAAAGAGAGACGGAGGGUUGUUGAAGAUGCCAUGGGUGGACAGUAUCUGGACAGAAGUUUUGCUCUUCCCUGUCCUCCUGGUAUCGACGUUCCUCCUGAAAUCGUGAGCCCGUUCACCUCGAGCAGCCUGAAGUCUCUCCUGCUGCUGGGCUGUUUCGCUCUCUUCUGGUCGCUCUAUUACACUCUGGAGGUGACCCUCACUCAUUGGGACUGGCGUGGAUGCAGCACGACGGGACGGGACAGAGGCUUUCAGGCCGGAUCCACGGGCCUAGAGGACAGUCAAGUGGUGGAAAUCCAGCCCGAGAUGGACAAUGAGUCCAAAGUCCCGCUCAUUGCUGCUGAUGAGAACACGUAGCACGUGUCUCCAUUUCUUUCGUUUGAAAUUUCAGGUUGCACUUCGCUUUUGUUUGCGCAUGUGAGCCAAAUGCUCUAUGUUGAGUUGCCUUCUUUUGUGUUCAUGACCAUGUUGUCUUAUAAGAGUGCCUGAUGUUGAGUGCAGUAUUUUAAACAUUCAGUGCAUGAUUGAGAGAAUGUGUGAGUGAGGUUUGCCGAGUGCUGUGUGGAUGAUAUUUUGUGGAGUUUAAUAUAAUGACUUUUUUCUUGAUCGUGACGCAUCGAAUGUGUCACUCUUAGGUCUAUAAAUACCUCCGACACUUGAAAGACUGAAAGAGGUUGUUUAAACUGGAGGUCUGCUUACCUGCAGAUAUUUUACUGAUUCUAGUCUGUUUGUCUUUUGUUUUUUUUUACUGAAGUGUGGUAUUCUUGUGAACAAGAACUCAGAUGGGGUUUGAAUAAAAACAAAAAGGGAAAGUGUUUUAGUAUCUCUGCAUGGGUUACAGUGUUAUGUGCUUUUAGACGUGCUCUUAAAAUCAACACAAAAUGUUGAUCGCAAACCAAUUCAUUUCUGUAAUGAGAGGAGUGGAGCUUGAUUUCGUCGAUGAGGAAUUGAUUGGUUGGUGAGAAGUCUUUCUAUAUGACAGGUAGAGAAGAAAAUAAGAUUGAUCAGUGACAUUAGCCUAAUUUUUUCCCUUUCGGAUUAACAUGCACCACAAUAAGACCAGGAGUGUGUAUUACAGAAGUAAAUGGGGUUCAUUUCGAUGUGAUGUUAACUUGCAGAUAUUACAAACUGUUUCUUAUAAAGCGGAGAGUUCCGGUCCUUGAUUCUGAUUGGCUG